AGUCACCCUAACACCACAUUCUCAGACUUCAAUCUAGGCAAAGCAGACAACAACCAAACUUUUCUGGAGUCUGGCAUGGGCUCUUCGCACCAGGUGCUCAGCCUUGAGCUAGAUCACAACUCUUCACAGCAAAAUAUAUCUAGAUUUCCCAAUGCCGCAGACAUUCAGAAGCUUCCGACUGAAGAGCAAGUUCAACCGAAGAAAUCAGUUUAUGCGGGUCUGGGAUGGCUCGACCGCCUCCUCGUCCUCUGGAUCUUGCUUGCGAUAGUAGUGGGCAUCUUACUCGGCAAUUUCGUGAACGACAUUGGGCCGGCUCUUCAGAAGGGAAAAUUUGUGGAUGUGUCGAUUCCCAUCGCCGUCGGACUGUUGGUGAUGAUGUAUCCUAUUCUCUGCAAAGUCAAGUAUGAGACGCUACACCGUAUUUUCGCCCACCGUCAAGUUUGGAUCCAACUUGGUUUCAGCAUCGUUGCCAACUGGAUUAUUGCACCUCUUCUUAUGCUGGGUUUGGCCUGGGCUUUCCUACCUGACGAACCGGGCCUUCGAACUGGCCUAAUUUUUGUCGGACUGGCGCGCUGUAUUGCCAUGGUCUUGAUCUGGACAGGCCUUGCAGGCGGGGACGAGCAGUACUGUGCUAUUCUUGUGGCUGUCAACUCUAUUCUGCAGAUGGUCCUCUAUGCACCGUUGGCGAUCCUGUUCGUCAAUGUCAUAAGCGGUGGUGGCGCGUCAGAGGUUUCCUACUCAACUGUCGCUAGAAGUGUCGGAGUUUUCCUUGGAAUACCUCUAGGCGCUGCCAUUGUCACGCGCUUCAUCCUCCGGGCUAUCAACGCUAACUGGUACGAGAAAAGUUUCCUUAAGUGGAUCGCUCCGUGGUCACUUCUCGGCCUCCUCUACACUAUCUUGGUCCUGUUUGCAUCUCAAGGGAAGCAAGUUGUCCAUCAGAUCGUCUCGGUUGUCCGGGUUGCGGCUCCACUGAUCGUGUAUUUCGUGAUCAUCUUCUUCUUGACUCUUAUGAUCACAAAGCGUCUGGGGUACGGAUAUAAGCUAGCAACCACUCAAAGCUUCACCGCAGCCAGCAAUAAUUUUGAGUUGGCUAUUGCGGUCGCCGUGGCAACGUUUGGCGCCAACAGCGAUGAGGCUCUGGCAACGACUGUAGGUCCUCUGAUUGAGGUGCCGGUUUUGAUUUCCUUGGUUUAUCUUGUCAGAUGGAUUGCCGGACGGUGGAAUUGGAAAGACUAGGGAACUUUUGUAAUUCACGAGGGAUCCAGUCAAUCUGAUUCUUGAAGGCAGCGGUCAAGUUACCGUGUUGCUCAUGUGACACCCAAAAGCGCCUGUCACUCUCCCGGCUGAGUUGGCAGAGUUCCUGCACCUUUUGAUAACUAUGCUACUUGUCUAUGUGGCCCGAGACUACCUACCUAUGUAGGUAACAGUCUGGGAAGACUUUUUUCCUGGUAUUUACGUAUAAUUAGUCACCCACUACCGCUGAUUGGUCCCAAUAAACAGUAUUGCAGCGACCGGCACGUGACGUAAAUGCGCCUUCAGGCACUGACUUCAAGCUUUGCGGCUCACAUUCUCAUUCCUCUGGUGGUAUAGUCGCCAGCUAAGAAAAGGACCUGGAGAGGCAGCAGGUAGCCAGGCUUACACUAGAAUCAUCUCUGGCAAGUGGUGAAAUGGCAACUGUGAACCUACCGCAGCCACAGUUAGUAACCGACAGAAAUCGUAUAAAUCAGCGCAACUUCCGCGCGCGUCGUCAAUCCUAUAUAAGAGAACUCGAGCAACGUGUCAGGAAGCUUGAAAGCGAUGGCAUUUCCGCAACGAAGGAGGUUCAAAUUGCGGCUCAACAGGUCGAUUGUGAGAAUCGACUUCUUAAACGGCUGCUGGAAAUUCAGUUUGGCGUCAGCAGAUACCAAAUUGACAAAUACCUGCAGGAAACUCCCUGUCAUCUAGAUGCCUGCACACCGAGGUCAUCACAACAAACAAAUGUCGAGCAUAUCCUCCCAGAUCUUAAUGCUCGAUUACCAAGUCUCGAAUCGAUUAUUGAAACCGAAGAUGUUGUUGCGGCGACAUGUGGAUACAGCACUAUUGCUGCAAGGUUGGCGCAUACGAGAGAAGAGAACGCGUCCGAAGCUGGAAUGCUUCCACAAAGGUCUACUGAAUCGCCAUCUGGGUCUGUUGUCAGCACAAUAGAGUCGGGGCAUUUCGAGCCGCAUCCUCAUUUACUCCAUCCGGGAUCUACGGAUGCGCCUGGAAACCAAACAUGCAAGGGUAAUACGGCUUAUGAUAGCAGACCUGGAGCCCAACUGAGCAACCCCUCUUCUCCUUUAUCCGCUGCUCUCCUGCUCCCGCGUCAUUAUGCUGUGUCGGAUGAAUUGUCAGGUGGAGGUGCUGGCCUUUGUGUGGGUGAAACGCUGUGCGAAGAAGCUGCGAACAUUCUGGUGAAGUUACGAGGGCAGGAUAAUUAUGAUGAGGUUUGGCGCGAGCUAGGCUGUGGCGAAAGGCAAUCCUGCAGAGUUAUGAAUCUUUCAAUAUUUGAACUUAUGGAUAUAGAACGAUCUUAGUCUGUAGCUCUCUAAGCUAUACCAGAAGUCAAUUAGUUGAAGAUGAUCCUAGGAGUAAUUUAACCAGUAUCUAUGUAGUCUACAUUAGGUAGAAAAAGGUCUAAAUCUAAGCGGUAGAGUACUACAAGAAUGAUAUGUCGAG